UAGACGAUGACACGGAGGAAAUGGACAACAAUCCUUCGUCUGCAGUAGCCUUCGAUAACCUCGACCCGGCCACGUGCAUCGGAACUUGUCCGGCGGAGGAUCCCAAGGAUGUAGUGUUACUUCCAAACGAUGAUUGCAAGAAAUUCUGUAUGUGCAGCAACGGCAUAGCCUGGGUACAGUCUUGUCCUGAACCGCUCUACUUUGACACUGUGGAAAAAAUAUGCAAGCAGAAGAGAGACGCUGUUUGUGGAGUACGCAUAUUUAGCCGACGCCUCUUUGUCACGCAUAAUACACUAAUUGCGAAUGGUGAUUCAAACCAUCUAAAUACUGUAGACGAUGACACGGAGGAAAUGGAUAACAAUCCUUCGUCUGCAGUAGCCUUCGAUAACCUCGACCCGGCCACGUGCAUUGGAACUUGUCCGGCGGAGGAUCCCAAGGAUGUAGUGUUACUUCCAAAUGAUGAUUGCAAGAAAUUCUGUAUGUGCAGCAACGGCAUAGCCUGGAUACAGUCUUGUCCUGAACCACUCUACUUUGACACUGUGGAAAAAAUAUGCAAGCAGAAGAAGGACGCUGUGUGUGGAGGACGCACGGUUAGGCGAAUUACAGAAAACGAUGGCAUGGAGGAAAUGCAAAGCAAUCCUUCGUCUGCAGUAGCUUUCCAUAAUCUCGACCCGUCCACGUGCAUCGGAACUUGUCCGGCGGAGGAUCCCAAGGAUGUGGUAUUACUUCCAAAUGAUGAUUGCACGAAAUUUUGCAUGUGUAGCAAUGGCGUAACCUGGGUUCAAUCAUGUCCAAAACCACUUUAUUUCGAUUCCGUAGAGAAAGUGUGCAAAUGGAAGAAGGACGCUGUUUGCGCAGUACGGCCUUUCAUCCAAAAUGUAUUCAUUCCUGAUAAACCUGUUCCGAUAUCAAUUCAAUAGAUUGCUUCUAUUUUAAUGAAAAUUAUUGAUUACUUAUACGAUAUUACUGCUAAAUGAUACUGCUAAAAGUUCUGCAUGUUUAAGAAUGGUAUAGUAUGGGUGCAAUGAUGUCUGAAACUAUUUUAUUUUGACUCUGUAGAAAAAGUUUGUAAGCGAAUGAAGGAGGUUGCACUGUAUGAUCGCUCAAGUAUGAUAGCACGUUUUCAGGAAUGAUAAAAUAGUUGAUUUAAAUGAUUCGGUGUAAUCUUUGAUCAAAAGGAGACAGUUGAUCUAUCAAUCUAUGGCAACAUUCUGUUAGCAGUUGUCUAUAUCGAUUCAUGUAAGCGUAAAAGACUUUAUCGAACUACAUUUGUGCAUUUGCGUAUAAUUUAAUUGUUAGUCGUUCCUCUAUUCAAUAUUUUAAUAUAAUUAUAUUUAUAUAAGUAUUAAUAAGAAUAGGUCUAUUUACUGACAUUAAUUUAUUUAUAAAAUAGUAAAUUACUAUAAUUCAACAGCAUUAUGAUUUCAUAAUGUAUUGAAUAAAGAUAUUUACUGUGUUAUAUGAUGUAAUAAAACAGUAAACUACUACAAUAUAUGUCAUUAAAUUUUUCUAUUAAACUCAUUUUAUCUCAAUUUUUUAUUGUCUUUUGUAUCAAAUAUUUCAGGAAUUUUAUUUUUAACAUAAUUUUGAAGAUAUAUAUCUCAAAUAAUUUUUCAGGUAAUUAUUAUGUAUGUUUAACUUAAUAGUACUUAACUUUACAAUCUCAAACUUUAAAAAACUUGAAACAGAUUCUGUUGUAAUAUUUUAUGUUAUAUCUCUAAGUUUUUUAAUAAAAAAUAGUAUGUGUUUUGUACUAACAUUAAAAUAUAUUCUAUACAUGCAGCUUGAGAAAUUAGGUAACAUAUUCUAGUAUUAUUUGUAACGAGAUAAGUUUUAUUUAAUAAUUAUAU